AUGGUGAUGCGGCCGCCCUUUCCUUUCCCCUGCCCUGAGAUGCUGGAGGAAACCCGAAAGAGGAAACUGGCUGUGGCCAAGAAAAAGCGGCCCAGCCCCUGCCCUCUCCUGGCGCCCCCUGUCAUUACUGCCUGUAGCCCGGUCUUUGACCUGAUGACCCAGUCCCCUAAGUGUUUUCACCAUCUUUCUGGCUUCUCUGGUGCCUUGGCGGGCCUUCGGGGGAGUCCUUUGGGCUCCAUCAUGACCUCUGUCAUUCCAGCGGAGUGUGAACAUCUGGCGAACUGCCUGUACCCACGUGAGCAGCAGUCCUACCAUGACUUGAAGAAAGAGAACAACUAUGAGGACCUCAAGUGUCACCAGUCCCAACUGAAGGAGAAGCUUCUGGUCCUUGUGAUGGAGAAGGCAGCUUUGCAGCUCCAGAUGAAGAAGCUUGAGAAUGCAAGCUCCUGCCACAACAAAUCUGUGGAGCUACAGAAUAGAAUGACAGCCUGGGAAAAUAAAAUAAAAUUAGCUCACUUAGCUUGGGUUUCCCACCAGUGCUUUCUUCCAAAUAAGGAACAAUCCUUGGUCUGGUUUUAUAAGAAAGUCCUGGUUGCGUUUUAUAAGAAAAAGCUUGAACUGACAGAAGAUGUUGUUGACAGGCUUUGGGUCUAUAUAGAUAACAUUGGACACAGCAGAAAACCACGGAAUGUCCUCAAGAGGGGAAAGACGAUUAACUGUCAGAUUUCCCUCGUCAAGAUCAUAAAUGAGAGAAUAGCUGAGUUCUCUCUUUUGGGAUCCCAAAGAAACAUAUGUGCUGUCCUGAGCUGCUGCCGGGGCAUCCUGUCAACACCUGCCCUUGCCAUCAUCUACAUGGCCAAUCAGGAGCUGGUGGUGGCCUUGCUGAGCCAGCUCUGCUGGUCAGCCUGCAAACAGCCGGAGGGAGCUACAGUCACCCAGUUGUUCAAGGUCAUCCACCUGGCCCUUUGCCACUACCUCUUGAUCCAGCAGCAGCAGAUCAACCCAAGAUGUGCCUUUGGGGAUAUGACUGGGCACCUGCUCCAGCCCUGCCUGGUCCUGAGACACCUGCUCUCCGGAGGUACCUGGUCGCAGGCUGGCCAGGUCCAGCUGCAGCCAGCGCUGAUCUGGGAAGUGAAGAGUAAGAUUGAGGUUGUGCUUUGAGGUUGGGUCUUUCAGCCUGAGCUGCUUUCAUCCUAUAAAGAGGAGCUCUUGGACCAGCAACAAGGGGACAUGAAGAUGGGGGCCAUGAAGAACCUUCUAGCCCCCAUGGGCACUGUGAUCACCAGGCUCAUUGAUGCGGGCAACUGUGAGCCUGCCCUGCAUGCCUCCAUUGUGACCAGCUCCGUGGCCUUGCUGUUCAAGCUCUUUCUAGAUUCCUACUUCAAGGAGGGGAACCAGCUUCUCUGCUUCCAGGUUCUGCCCAGGCUGUCUGGCUGCUUGAGGGUUUCCCACCUGCAGGAGGGGUGGGUGGGAGCCCUGUCCACAUCAGAUUGGACAACAGAACUUCUGGCUGUGGAAGAGCUGCUGAACUUGGUGGCCAGAAACAAUAUCUACAACACUGCUGCCGACAGGAUCUGGCAGGGAGAGGCUCAGCUCCACUUUUACCAUCGUUUGGCUGAGCUGCUGAUAAACCACAAACAAGCACCUGUACCAGCCUGGUUUCACUGCCUCAAGACGAUGUCCCUGAAUCAUUUGACUUUGGAGCCAGACCUGGAUGACCUAUUGGCUUCAGCUUGGAUUGAUGCAGAAGUAACAGAGUUUUGAACCAGAAGAGCCCAGGAGGCGCUUAUUCACACUCUCUUCCAGGCGUAUGCCAAGCUACGACAAGUGCCGCGGCUGUCUGAGGAGGUUCUGGGGGUGAUCUGCCACCCGGUGGCCGAGGCGCUGAGGCAGCCUGUGCUGGCUUCGGGCCCCUCCACGGUGCUAAGUGUGUCUCCAAGUCAGAUCUUGGACACGUGGUGCCUUGUGCUGGAGAAGUUCCAGUCCUUGGUCUUGCCCUGUUUGUGGAGUGACACCGACAUGGCCCUGAAGUCACUGUCCCUGAGCUCCCUGCUGCACUGCAUCACAUUCAACAUGCACAGCCUAGACAGUAGCACGCCCCUGCUCGUCGUCAGACGGAUGCAGUGCAUGAUCGAGCAGAUGCUGGGAGAGCUCGUGAGGCCCCUGCUUGCCCUCCUCUCGUAGCCCCCGGGCCCAGCAUCUGAGCUGUGGCUUCAGAAGGUCAGCGACUUCGCCCUCCUGCUCUCCUGCACCUGGGCCCAGGUGGACACCAUGCUCAGUCUGCACUGCAGCCAGUAUCAUUCUGUGUCUGGGGCCCUGGCAGGGGCUACCCUGAAGACCCCGAGCCUCCCUGUUCUGCUCUCAGGUGUGGAAACACAGCACUGGAAGAAGGUAGAGAAUUUGGCAGCUCAGUUCAGCUCCCUUGGCAGGUAUUGCUUAGAGCAGCUCUACCUGCACAGAAUGAAAAGGACUUUAAUGCAAGCUAGUUUCCAGAGUAAAGAAGCCCUCCAGACUUGGUGUGACGCUGCCUGUGUUAUUGGUUCUGGCAGAGAAAGCUUGAAUCAAAGGGAAUCAGCUUCCUGGGAUGGCCAGGUCGGCACAGUCAGCACCACCAUGUACCCUGUAGCACACUGGCACUUGAUUGCUUCAAAUCUCACAAUUUUAAUAUCCUAUCUCUGUCCAGAUGACGUGAGAUACCUGGCCAGCAUCCUGCUGAGAACUUUACCAGUGAGCAAAGCCCAGGAAGGCUCAGCAGAUGAAAAGCUGAGUAUCACACUUGAAAAAAUACCCCAGGUGGUCCUUCACAGUCCUCCAUUUCCGGAGGUGCAGUCCCUUCACACCACCUUCUUAAUGUGUGAGGCCGAGGGCUGUUCUAGCAUUCUGUGUUCUGGUGUCCGGAGCAACCCAGGUCUUCUCAGUGAACAGCUACCCUGGGUUUUUGAAAAGGACCACACAGUCAUGGCUCAUUGGGAAAGCAGAUUUGUAAAAGACGGACCAAAAAGUAUCAAACCAAGAGGAGAAAUUGCCCAGAACUUACUAUGCCUGGUCAAGAGUGACUUCCUCAUCCAGCGGGGCAAGCAGCUGGAAUGCACGUGGGGGCUCUUGGAGGUUGUUUCUGCCCUGCAGCUGGACAGCCCCACGCUGCCCUGUCAGAUGCAUUGCUUCCUUCUCUUGCUGUCCAUGGCCGUCACCAAGCUGGGGUGCUCCUGCUCCUCCUCACCGGCCCUCGAGUUCCUGAAGACUUGCUACCGGCUUCUCGGUUACCUGCAAAGGGGGCAACGUGCCCGCUCGGUGUUCAGGAUCAUGUAUGUCAGCGAUGUUUUUGAGAUCAUCCCGAGCUCGUUGUUCAAAGCCAGUAGUAGAUUCCAUGUUGCGGUGGACGACCCCUCUUGGCUGGAAUUCCUCCAGGCGAUCGGUGCCUUCUUAGAGCAGCUGAUGCACACGUUCAUCCAGAUGAAGCUGAGCUUGGUGCUUAAUUUUGGGAAAAUCGCCACAUUCCUCUCAAGGUGCACACUGCACACUGAGGCAGCUUCUGGCAAACAGCUGGGAAGUCAGAGCUCUCUGGGCAGGCAGCUCCUCCUGGCGUCUCUAACCAAGUUGUGCCAGGUUCUGGGGCCUUUCGUCCAUGAGCAGAAGCAGCCCCAGGAGGCCCUGGAUGAGCUGGUUGUGCUGCAGCAGCAGGUCGUGCUGCAGACGGGCACCAUGCUGCUGCUGUGCUCAGCAUCAGGGGCCCAGGGCCAGCACCUGCCCGAGGCCCUCAUCGCUUCUGCCACCACGCUCCUGGAAGCAGACCUGAGCUGGCACUGUGGAGACAGAGGAGCAGACACAGGGCCACCCCUCCAUGCUGCCUCCCACCAGGGCGUCCACUCUCAGAUCCUGUCGGAGCUGCCUCUGGCAGGCAACUCUCAGUCCUUCCAGACAGCCUUGCAGUUUUUAACUCUGUUCUUUCUGGCCCCAGAACUCCAUCCCAAGAAGGGCUUCAUCUUCACCUCCCUGUUUCAUUCUGUGAGAAAAUUUCUUGCAGAUCCUGAAAUUCCUGCUGAGGUAACUUGGGCUCUUGAGCCUCAUCUGGGAGCCCUGCUCACCCAGAUGUUGGAGGUGGGGACGACGGAGGACAUCCAGCUGGUGGUGCGGCACAUUCUGCAAGGUCUGGACGUCAGUAACGUGUGGAGAACAGAUGUGCAGACUGUCUUGUCAGCCUUCACGUUGCUCAAGCUGCUGCCGAACUGUCCGCUGCAGGGAGAGAAAGCAAGUCUGCUGUGGUGUGCGUGUCCCCACAUCAUCACGGUGCUCGCGACCGUGUUUCUGGAGCUGCUUCCUGGAGACGGCCGUGAGUGGGACGCGGGGUUGGUGUCCUUCCUGGGCACAUUGGUGUCGGCGGCUGAGGCCAUGGUGUGCGGGAGUGAAGGGAUGUUUGGGCAUCAGAAGCACGAGCCAGGCCACGUGGCUGAGGCGGUUCAAGUCCCCGAGUGUGCGGCGAGCGUCAGGGGACGCAGGCUGGGCACCGGGGACCGGCUGGCAUCCGCGCGGGUGCGGGGCAAGACCUGGCAAGAGGCCACGCAGCUGGCACGCCCUGCAGACGAGGGCGUUAGAGACAGAACCCAGAGGGCCUCGCGGGGCUCGAUGAAAAUUGAACAGCUUCAGCUAGAGCUGAUUUGUAAGAGGCUUAACAACUGGACGAAUCGCCUUGUGUCCGGGCUGGUUGUUGACAGCUCAUUUUGGAGCCUGGACCUUCUCACCUCCGUGGUGGUCGGGCCCAUCCUGGCUGUGCUGGCUGUGCUGCUGUGGCAGGGGAAGGAGGCCGUCAGCAACCCCCACCACGUCAGCCUGGCCUUCAGCGUCCCACUGGCCGUCCCUCUGCAGCACCUGAAGCCCCCGGGGUGCGGCAGCGUCUUUCCCAGGGUGCACGGCAUGCUCUUCUACAUCCUGCAGUGGCACCUCAAGGUGCAAACACAGCCAUGGGCCAUCCUGUCCUUCCCGAACUGUUUUAAUAGAUUGGUGUUCUCAGUUAUGCAUGAAAGGUGGCAGAGAGAUGCAGGAAGCACGGAUGACCUGCCCAUCGUCGUGGAGUGCACACGCCUGGUGGAAGGGAUGUAUAGCCACAUCGGUGCACGAGCCGAGGACCUCACCGUGUUUUCCCCUUUUAUGGUGGCCCAGUACGUGACAGAGGUGCAGAAGGUGACCCUGUCUCCAGCGGUGCGAGGCCUGCUGCAGGAGAGCGUCUGCCUCAUGCUGGACCUCUGCAUCGACCAGUUCCUGCGGGCCUUGCUGCCACCGGGCGUGCGCGUCUUCCAGGAGCACCACAACGAUUCCCUCAAGGACCACAAGGCUAAACACAAAGGACAGAGAAGACAUGCCGUCUGA